UUUUUAGGAAUGUGUCUGCAUCACCUUUACCUGCUACUCACACAUGCCGUAGGUCUCUUUCAGUUCUUAAAGCAACUGAGACUAAUGUAUUUAACACUGACAGUGAUAAUGCACCUGUUGCAAAGAGACUCAAGACCAACAUCCAGGCAAGCAGCAGGCAGUCCGUUCUGUCGUGGAAAACAGAGACUGAUAUUGAUGUGGUUCCACACACUUUGAAUUUCUUUCCUGCACGGGAACCUGGACCACAGCUGAGUCCUGGAGAUGCACACACACACCACUGAGUCUCUUCAAAAUGUUUUUUCAUGAGAAUGCAGUGUCAACUCUUAGCCAUAACACCAAUGCUCAGGCUGCCAGGGCAACAGCAAAGGGUUGCAAGUACAAAUGGAAAGAUGUCAGCACCACUGAGAUGUACCGCUACAUUGGACUAAUAUUUUAUAUGGCCAUGGUAAAGUUGAUCUCCAUCCGGGACUACUGGAGACAGGACAAUGUUUUCUCUGUGGCUUUUCCAAAGUAAUGUCAAGAGAUAGAUAUUGCACUAUUUCAUGGAAUCUGCACAUGAGUCACCCAGAAGAAGACGAGGUAAAUGAUAGGAAAAGGGGCACAGCCGAACAUGACUGUCUUUUCAGGGUCAAACCUCUUAUGGACACUAUCCGUCAAGCUUGUAUAAACCUCUAUCAUCCUAAAAGAAACUUGGCUGUGACACAGUACAUGAAAGCUAAACCAACCAAUUGGGGCUUCAAGUUGUUUGUGCUUGCAGAUUCUUCCAAUGGAUAUACUGUGAACUUUUCAGUGUACACCGGGAAAAAUAACUUUCCCACAGACCAUGGACUUUCAUAUGAUGCUGUGACGUCUCUUUUGGACUGUAAAACUUUAGGCUCUGGGUACCAUGUGUACAUGGACAAUUUUUACACAAGCCCAAAGCUCCUGAACGACUUGUUUGCCAUGAAGUUUGGUGCUUGUGGGACUUACAGAGACUUUAGGAAGGAAUGCCCACGGGAUGCAGCAAAUUCACUCUCCAAGCAAUCUUCCAGGGGCUCAAUCAGAUGGAUUAGGAAUGGACCUCUACUGUUUGUGAAGUGGAUGGACACACGAGAGGUAUCUGUCUGUUCAACAGUACACCCUGCUUAUACAGGAGAGACAGUGCAGAGGAGGGUAAAAUCACAAGACACAUGGAGCACAAAGACAUUUCCAUGUCCUGCACCUGUGACUUCCUACAAUCAACACAUGGGGGGUGUUGACCUUUCUGAUCAGCUGGUACAGUACUACACUGCACAGCACAAGACAAUGAAGUGGUACAGAAAGAUCUUUUUACACUUCUUGGACAUUGCUGCCACCAAUGCCUUUAUUAUGCACAAGGAGCUAUAUGGUAACAUGACCCAAAAACAGUUCAUGGAACAGCUCGUUGUAGAGCUCUGUGGCAUAACACAUAAAGCAGAGCCAAAACAGACCAGGAGUACCCAUGUGCCAGUUUCAGUAGCUUGGCUGACCUCAGAUGUGAGCAAUACUGCCACUGUUGGUCGCCGGAAAUGUGUGCGCUGCAAGACAGUGCAUGGUAAAAGACAAGACACACCUUGGAAAUGCAAAACAUGUAAUGUUCCCUUGUGUGUUCAGUUAAAUAGGAACUGUUUUGAACAAUGGCAUGAUGACAUUUAACUCCAAUUUCAAAGAUUCACAGUGUGUGAUGGCUUACAAAUUCAUAUCUUAUUUUUUAUAUUGUAAAGUAUUUUUAGA